AGAUAAGAAGAAGAAAAAAAGGCUUCAUCCAACCAAGAUCCAUCAGUACUGAAGCAUGUGGGCCACAGUGAUUCCUGUUCGAAUGCUAUGGAUGGAAUGCCAAAUGGAGCACCUUAUCAGGCGGAAAGAGUUCUGUGUACUGCUAAGAAAUACGAGAAGGAUAUACAAAUGCUAGGUCUACGAAUAAAAAAGCAUGAAGAGAACAUCAAAUUUCUGAAGGCGCAGAAAAACAGUUUGGAUGACACCAUUCUAGACAUGCAAGUUAGUCUUGGGAAUUACCAUUCUUCAAGCUCGCCUGUGAUCAAAGACGAGGAUCAUACUCGUAUGAAAAGUGAGGAGGAAACAUUAGAAGAUAUAAUAAGGCAUGAAAAAUCGGCAGCUAGCAUUUUGUGCUUGCUGAAAACUCGUCAUGCCAGUCAGACUCCUCAUCUUGCAUUAAGCAAGGAUGUGUUGGGUGUUGUUGCUCAACUUGGGAAACUGGAUGAUGACAAUCUCAGCAGGCUUCUCUCAGAGUACCUUGGGAUAGAAACUAUGUUGGCAGUUGUCUGCAAGACUAAUGAAGGUGUUAAAGCUCUAGAAACAUAUGAAAAAGAUGGUUCUAUAACUAAAAAUUCCGGUAUUCACGAGCUUGGAAUUUCUAUUGGGAGGCAACUAGAUGGCCGUUUUCUCGUCAUUUGUCUUGAAAAUCUACGACAGUAUAGUGGCGAGUUUGUUGCCAAUGACCCCCAGAUGAGGCUUGAUCUUCUGAAGCCAAGUUUACCAAAUGGGGGAUCUCCACCUGGCUUUCUUGGGUUUGCUGUGAAUAUGAUUAAUAUAGAUACUGACAACUUAUCACGUCUCACAGCCACUGGGAAUGGCCUAAGGGAGACUCUUUUCUAUAAUCUCUUCUCCCGUCUUCAAGUGUACAAUAAAAGGGAAGACAUGUUACAGGCUCUUCCUUGCAUAAAAGAUGGAGCUAUAUCUUUAGAUGGUGGGAUAAUAAAGCCAACAGGCAUCUUUUAUCUGGGCUGUAGGGCCAGCAUAAAUGUGAAAUUCCCCAAAGGCUGUGGGACAUCAACUCUACCCGCGAACUAUUUGGAAACUGAAAAACUGAUAAAGGAGAUGAAAUGGAAAGGAGAGAAAAUUCAGGAAGAUAUGCAGAGAGAACAAGCAUUACUGAACCACGCAAUGUUCAGUUUUGAAGUGAAGAAAAAGGAGUUUGUCAAGUACCUGGCAGAAAGCUCAUCACACGUGACCCAGCAUCAGACAAGGCAGGGCGGGACAGAUUGAUUCAGACAUGAUAUUUCCCAUGAAGAGCUGUCAAUCUUUGCUGGGACCUUCAAUUGUUGGCGCAAAAUGAAAUUCCAUCUCGAUGGAGAGACGGGAAAUGUGUUCUCUUAGUUUGGUCAGAGGAAUUGUCUCAUCCACUUUGGUUCCGGUCAAUUCUGCAUGUUGUAAAGUAGAGGUGGUAAGUUUGCAUUGUUUUUCUGAUGCAUGUGCUUCUGUAAUACCAUGUAACAUUGAUUGCAUUUACAUCUAAUCUAAUCAAGCUUGCAACAAA